UCGGGCCGCUCGGGAGGUUGGUCCUCGGCGGCCGCCGUCCCGCGACCGGUGGUGGCCAAGGAGGGCCGGGGGCCACCUGGCUGCGGACCUGGCUGGAGAUGGAGUUCGACUGCGAGGGGCUGAGACGGCUGCUUGGCAAGUACAAGUUCAGAGAUCUAACUGUGGAAGAACUAAAGAAUGUAAAUAUGUUUUUUCCACAUUUCAGAUAUUCCAUGGACACCUAUGUUUUCAAAGACAGUUCCCAGAAGGACCUGCUGAAUUUCACUGGUACCAUUCCUGUGAUGUAUCAGGGUAAUACAUAUAACAUACCAAUUCGUUUGUGGAUUUUGGAUUCUCACCCUUUUGCUCCCCCCAUUUGCUUCUUAAAGCCAACUGCAAACAUGGGAAUCUCAGUUGGAAAACAUGUGGAUGCUCAAGGCAGAAUAUACUUGCCCUACCUCCAAAACUGGAGCCAUCCUAAAUCUGUCAUUGUUGGAUUAAUUAAAGAAAUGAUUUCCAAGUUUCAAGAGGAACUUCCCCUGUAUUCGCUGUCAUCAUCUGAUGAAGCACGGCAGGUGGACUUGUUAGCCUAUAUUGCAAAAAUCACUGAAGGUGUCUCAGACAUAAAUUCAAAGAGCUGGGCAAAUCAUGAGAAUAAAACAGUUAAUAAAAUUACUGUGGUUGGAGGUGGAGAACUGGGAGUUGCCUGCACAUUAGCAAUUUCAGCAAAGGGCAUUGCAGACAGACUGGUCCUCCUAGACCUCUCGGAAGGGACUAAAGGAGGGAUGAUGGACCUUGAUAUCUUCAGCCUUCCCAAUGUGGAGAUCAGCAAAGAUUUGUCUGCCUCUGCUCAUUCCAAGGUGGUCAUCUUCACAGCUAACUCUCUGGGUAGUGCCCAGUCCUACCUUGACGUGGUGCAGAGAAAUGUGGAUCUGUUCAGAGCCCUUGUCCCAGCUCUGGGACAUCAUAGUCCACACAGCGUCAUGCUUGUUGCAUCGCAACCAGUGGAAAUCAUGACCUACGUGACAUGGAAACUGAGUACAUUUCCUGCAAAUCGAGUGAUUGGAAUUGGAUGCAAUCUGGAUUCACAGAGAUUGCAGUAUAUUAUUACAAAUGUUUUGAAGGUACCGACUUCAGGAAAAGAAGUAUGGGUUAUUGGUGAGCAGGGAGAAGACAAAGUGACCAAAUGGGGUGGCCAGGAAGAAGUAAUGAGUCAUAACUCUCAGGAGCAGCUGUCCAGCAGAGCCAUGGAACUAUUAAAGUUAAAAGGUCAAAGAUCCUGGUCUGUUGGACUAUCAGUAGCUGACCUGGUCGACAGUCUUGUAAAUGAUAAAAAGAAAGUGCAUUCUGUAUCAAUUUUAGCAAAGGGAUAUUAUGAUAUAAAUAAUGAAGUGUUUUUGAGUUUGCCUUGCAUCCUUGGAACCGGUGGGGUAUCUGAAGUCAUCAAAAGCUCAAUGAAAGACGACAGAGUGACAGAGAAACUCCAAAGCAGCGCAUCAUCAAUCCAUGGUCUCCAACAACAGUUAAAACUUUGAUUCUAAAGUUCGGAGUUACCUGAAAGGAAAGGUCACUUAAUUUUGCCAACAUAUGUAGGGUUAAGAACUUCUAUAUCUUACUACUUAUCCUUACAAAUUGUUUGGUUAAGGUAGGUAAUCUCUUGGUUAGUUUUGUAAUUUGAAUUCUUAGGGAAUUAGAUGAGGAGGAAGAAAAUCUAAUUUUCUUUGUUCUUGAUACACACACACACACACACACCAUUCUUUAAACCUACAGCAGGGAAACAGUAACUGCAAUAUGCAUCAUGUAAAAUUAUGUCUCCUCAAAGCACAUUCAGCACUUUGGUAAUAUUUUGAAAGUAAUAUAUUUUUAAAAGAAAAUUACUCAUUGGCUGUUAUAGUAAAUAUGAUAAGCUGAAGGCCCAGUAUGAAUUUAUGAAAUCUGUGCUAGGUAUACAUUCAAAGGAUCCACAGUUUAAGAUAUUAAUGUUUCCGCUUUAAAAUACAGUUGGGAAAAAAAAGAGUUGGUAGUAACAGCAAUAAUAAUGUUUUCCUCCUUCAAUUAAUUAGCUACCAAAAGUGAAAAAGAAUUUUACUUGUACUUUAAAAUAGUAGAAGGAAAAGUGAAAUUUUUUAAUAAGUGAAUAAAAAGUGUAGUUUAACUUCUAGUGGGACUGUCCUUUUUGAAAUUUUCUAUAACCUUUUCCUGAGUUAUAUCAGAUCUCUUAAUAUCUCAAAAACUCACUGUAAUAAUAUUGGUAGAGCUGUAGAGAAAUGUGUAUUUUCAGUGAAAAUUGAUUAUGAAUGAAAGCCAAGUAGUAUACUUUAAAGCUAAUAUAUGAAGCUUUCAUAAAAGCUAUUGGUUUUAAGGGGGGAGAAGUUGGAUGGACUGAUUGUUCAGAGCAAAUCCUUAACCACUCCUGAAGAAGUUACUCAUUGUACAUAUGCUUUAAUGAUGGGUCAAUAACAAUUAUCUUCAUAUGUGAAAGAAAGCGUAUUACUACUAAGGUGGCAUGCAACUAAUAGUAACAAGUAACAUCAACACUUCUUAUAUUUCAGGCAGUGUGAUAAGCAUUUGAUUCUUUUGUUGAAUCCUCACAGUAACCCAUUGAGGUAGGAACUAUUAUCAUCAUCAUUUUAUAGAAGAGGAAAUUGAGCUUUAGUGAUCUAGAUCUCAUGGCUAAGGGACACUUAACCAUACAAUCUCUACUUUUUCUAAGCACUAGAAGGGGAGAAAGGCCUAAUAGCCAAAAUAGUUACCACAAGACUCUAAAGCUGGGGUUCUGUGCUCUUCCAUUCUCAUAUAGGAGCUGACUUUUUUUUCCAACAUAGUUUUUAGAAAGAUUGAUUCCCUUACUUCCCAGACUUACCCUCAGCAAAUAGCAGAGAGGGGUAUGCACCGAGAUAGGUAUUUAUUUAUUUAGUCAUUCAGGUAGUAUUGACUGGGAGCAUAUAUUAGGCACUGCAGAUACAGUGGUGAGCAAACCUGGACUAGGUACAAGACCUCGUGGUCCUUAUAAUCUAGUAUGGGAGACAGUAA